GGCAAGCAUGGUGCAUGGUGUGUGCAGUGAAUUCCCUUGACCCCGUUAUGUCUCGAGGUUGGCUGGCUGGCUGGCCGGCCGCGAAAGGGGUUCCUAUUUUGCCGUUGCAUGAGGGCUGCAUGGUGAGGUGGUGCGUACGGCAAAUGCGACUUUUGGGGUGCAAGGGAGAUGGGCGCAAGAAAGAGGGGAAAGGGAAAAAGUGGUCAGAGGAUGUUGUGGGUGUAUGCUGUCUGGCGGGCUUGGGUUGGAUUGAAUAUGGGUUAUGUUGGUCUCGGUCCUGAAAGCGCUCGUACCGCGAGGCGCUUUGUAAAAGCGUUCGACGGCCGUUUGUCACUCUGUCCAGCAGACUUCCAGAUCUUGAAUACCUCAUCGAGAAUAGAAUCGAGCAUCUCAAAGGAUAACGCAAUCAUCCUUGUAUUCUUAUGGGCGCACAGAGCACGCAGACCGCGCGCGAGCGCAAGCAAGCAAGCAAACAAGCAACAUAGAUCUCGCUCGAUGCUGUUUGUACGACAAUCGCUAAAUAUUCUCCGGGCCAUCGAGGUCCGCGUUGUGAGUUACACAAGGCAACGUGAGCUCGGAAGUCCAAGGAUCCGGUCAGAUCAGAUAUUGCUGGACCGACCAGGAUCACGGACGGUUGUUCUUCGACGUCCACGUCAGAGUUUGACCGUUUGCAGACUGCGAAAUAGAGACGGCGCAAGCAGGCUUGUCGAUCAUAAGUGUAGCACUUAAGAAUUGCUUGACCCGGCACCGGGUUAAAGGGCGAAGAAAAGAGAAUCUUGGUAUGUCUGGUGAACUCUCGAGUGCGGAGUGUGGAGUGUGGAGAAGUGGUUCAGUCG